AAUAAAGAAGGGGAAAAAAAAAAAAAAACAUGCUUGUAUGAGAAGAAUGACUAGUAAGUGAGGCAAGCAAAUAAGGUGGUGGUCUCACUCCUCCCCACUAUACCUAAUCUACUCUUUUUCAUGCACAUAAAUAAAAUUUCAAACUUCAUUCUUUUCCACUCGUGUACUUCUCAUAAUUUUAAUCCAAGUUAAUUUCAAAAAGAAAUCAAAGUAACAAAUUUAAUUUAACACCGUUUAAUUUCAUCAUUAUUAUUUUAAUUAAAUUGUGAUGAUCCCUUGUUCAACAGCUCCAGCAACAAUAAUAGUUGCAACUUCAUUAGAAUUUGAUGAUGCAAAAGAUCUUCUUUCUUGGGCUAUCAACAUUCUUUCUCAUCCCAAUGACACCAUUAUAGCACUACAUGUUAUAGUAGGGAAGGAGCCUAAGAAACUUGUGCCUAAAUCAAGAGAUUAUAGACGAUUUCGCCGAGCUAAAUCUUUUGUUCUUUCUGUCAUGGGAGAGUUUGCCGAGACUUGCCAGUGUAAACAGGUGCAUUUGGAGGCUAGAGUUGUAUACAGCUCGAGUAUAGGGAGUGGUUUAAUCGACGAGGCUAAGAGAACAACCGCAGAAUUUCUAGUUCUCAAAGGAUCAAAGCUUGAACCAAAAAGAACAGCAGGGGAAAUUACAAAGUAUUGCAUGAAAUAUGCACCAAAAGGAUGCUCAAUUAUCUCAAUUGAGCAACUAGAAAAUGAAGCAACAUUGGAUUCAUCAUCAAUCUUAAUGGAAGGUACAUUAGAAGAGAAGUCUCCUAGGACAGUUUUGAAUGGUGUUGACGGGGAAAGUGCUCCUAGUACCGAAGAUGAUAACUCUAGUUUUGAUGAUUCGAGUAGCAACUCCGAAUCAUCUUUACCAGUAUCACCACCACCACCACCAACGACAACAACAACAGUAAAAACAAAAACAAAAACAACGACGACAACAACAACGACCAAGUAUAAGGAGUCCCCUUUGAGACGCGUAGCGUCAUUUUUCUUGAAGAACACGUCAAGUGGAAGGAGAAGAAAUAAUGAGAAAUGUAGCAUUGGUGGAGUAGAAAAGCUCCCACAACCUUCUUUAAAAUACUUUAGCUAUGAUGAGAUCUCGCAAGCUACCAAAGAUUUUCAUCCAGAUAAAAUGAUAGGACAAGGUGGAUAUUCGGAGGUAUAUAGAGGAGAUAUGCAAGAUGGAAAGAGCAUAGCAGUGAAGAGAUUAGCCAAAGACAACACUAAUCCACAAAAAGAGAAGGAAUUUCUUAUUGAAUUGGGUAUUAUUACUCAAGUUUCUCAUCCUAACACGGCUUCCUUAAUUGGUUACUGCAUCGAAAAUGGUCUCUAUCUCAUUUUCCCUUUCUCUUCUAAUGGCAACCUCUUCGAUGCUCUUCACGGUGACGAAAGCAAGUCACUAGAAUGGGCAGUGCGAUACAAAAUAGCAAUAGGUAUAGCAAAAGGACUCCAUUAUUUGCACAAGUGUUGCAAACAUCGGAUCAUUCACCGUGAUAUCAAAGCUUCCAACAUCCUUCUUGGACCAGAUUAUGAGCCACAAAUUACAGAUUUUGGACUAGCAAAGUGGGUCCCUAGCAAUAAAUCAAGUUACCAAAAUGCAUUUUUACCAAUAGAAGGGACAUUUGGAUACUUAGCACCAGAAUAUUUCUUGCAUGGAAUUGUGGAUGAGAAGACCGAUGUUUUUGCAUUUGGCAUUCUUCUUCUUGAGAUUAUUACCGGUCGAAGACCUAUUGAUUCUUCCACACAAAGUCUUCUAUUAUGGGCUAUGCCAUUAAUGGAGAAUGGGAAAAUCUCAGAGCUAGUUGAUACAAGACUAAAGGGUGAAUAUGAUACGGAACAAUUACACAAAAUUGUACUUACAGCUUCUUGUUGUGUGAGACAUUCCUCUACAUGGCGUCCGUCGAUGAAUGAGGUGUUGAAAUUGUUAUCGGAAGGUCAAGAUUCUGAAAUUGCUCGAAUAUGGGGUGUUCAAAAGAGUUCAUCGGACGAAAUAGAUGAUUAUUCUAUGGUUUUUGGUUAUAAUGUCCCCAUUGAUAAGGAAUUAGAAAAGGCAAUUGCAGAACUUGAAAUUUAGAAGAUUUAUAAGCUCUAAUUAUGAUAUAAUAAGUAAAUAAACUUAUUGUUUUAGGGGCUUUGAAGGCAAUGGUCAUGUAUCAAAGACCGUUGUAAAUAUUUUACAUAGGAAAUGCAUUAUGGGAAAAAUAUCGCAUCAAAUUAUGUUACAAUAUUUUUUUUUUUUUUUUGUGAGAUAGGGUGACUUUUUUUUAAUUUGUAGUGGUGAAUUGUUCCUUUAUCGGGUGUUCUAGCUAUAUUUUGUACUUAUAAUAAAUUAGUGUAAGAUUGUUAGCUUAAUACUUGUUAUAUAGCAGUACAUUGAUCAUUUUUAGCUAGCUAUACAUCAAGUUCUUCCCUUCCCCUGUUCUAAGUGUGUAUUUUAUUAAGUUAAUUUUGUCCAAACUUUUUCCAAUGAAAACCAAGUCUAAAAUAAGAACAAAGAGGCAAUAUGGCCGUUUGGAUCAACAUAUCAGAUGAUCCACAUGUUCUUCAUGUUAUUAAUGAUAUUUUUGUAAUUUACAACUUUACAAUAUUAAAGGAACGAAGGAAGUAGAAAGAGUUGUAGCCUUGCAGGGGAGAGAUGGUAACAAUGAUUGUUACCUUUGCAAGUUGUUUUCGAUUUUGGAAAGGAACUACGCAUACACAAAUUAUUGUAUUUUCUUAAUUUGGAAUGACAUACCACAUCUCGCUUUAUCUAAUUUUGGUAGAACAUUUAAU